GAUGAACGUCACUGUUCAUGAUUUUAUAACGCGUGAUGUUAUUGGAUGAUCAGAAGCCGCGUUCGUGUCCAAUUCGCUGUAGGUCGCCAUUACACUUUCUGUCGGGCCAUUCAUAGAAGAUCUUUCGUAGCGUUUUGGCUCGUAUAUAGUCUUUAUCCCUCGGACCAGUUUGAAUAGUGUGCGAGCGAGUGGUGUCUUCUGGUGUGGAUCAAGCUUUCGCUUCACAUUUUCAGCAUACACAAUGUCCGCAUCCGGCGCUACUCCCAAGAAAGUGAAGAAAGUCGAAGGGUCCAGUGCAUCCGGAGAAGUUGAUGAUGGCAGAGAUUACGAUGCAGAGACUCAAAAAGCCUUGGAAGAAAUUGACGCUUGUCAAAACGAAAUCGAUGCUCUUAACGAGAAGGCUAGCGAAGAGAUUUUGAAAGUUGAGCAAAAAUACAACAAGCUAAGAAAGCCGUACUUUGAAAAGAGAAAUGACAUCAUCAAGAGAAUACCCAAUUUUUGGGUUACUGCCUUUGUGAAUCAUCCUCAAAUCUCAGCCAUUUUGGAAGAGGAAGAAGAAGAUUGUUUACAUUAUCUUUCGAAGUUGGAGGUUGAAGAAUUUGAAGAUAUAAAGUCUGGAUACAGGUAUACAAAAAAAAAAAAAAAAGAAUUCUUUAAAAUAAAAAUAAAAAAAUUAGAAAGCAUGAGUUUUAACAUGAUUCUGGUGUUUGUGACUAAAAUAAUUAAAAUUGUACUAUACCUAACUUCUAAGAUUGAGACUCUUACCUAG